UUAUAAUUAAUACAAAUUACUGACUACUUAUCUAUAUUCAAUGGAAAUCUGGAACAUUGACUCCAAAAUGAAUGACAAUCUAAGUUUAUUUGAGUUCCCUUAUGAGCCCUGCGACGAGCAGUUUAAUUACUUUAAUUACAAGUUACUGCAAGAAGAGGUGUGAAAAGUAUCAACUGAGUCUUCUAAUGAGAAGAAUGCCGAACAAUCUGAGAACAAAAAGAAAAAUGAUGAAUACCAGUCACCAGAAGAUUCAAACUUCAUUAAGACUGUUGAAGAACUUGUGAGAAGAGAGAUGGAAACUAAAGGAAUCGAAGCUGUGGUUCAAGAAUGCUCUAAUCACUGCUUUUUGGGCAAGAGUAAGCCCAAGAACCCUAAGAUUAAAAGAUAUGUGAGAGAUAGGAGCGAUAAAACUUCUCUGCAAGUACAAGCGAUGAUAGAUGCCCUCGGACCCGGCCAAAAGCAAUUGGUAAAGUCGAAGAGAAUCAAGCUCGGCAAGAAAAUAGGUCUGUCUGAAAGCCAGAUCUAUAAGUGGUACUACGACACCUAUAGCAGGACUGCUUAA